AUGAAUUCUCCCCUUUCGUUAUACCUCUCGUUUGUUUUAACUUCAAUUAGAAACGAAGAUGCUUCUAACUUCCGUAACUGUAUAACCAUCAACCCUGGAGUCAAUGAGGGCUCAUUGAGGUCUUCCUUCCCUGAACCUUCAGAGUUCGACUUGUACCCAUUGCCUGAGAAGUUCAGACCGAUAAUCAAAAACUACCUUAAGCUCAUGAAAUCAAUCUAUAUUUUGAACGAUAUAGAUUCUUCCUUAAAUGACUUGAAUGAAAUGGUCAACAAUUUAAAUAGAGCUGCUGACACUCAAACCAAUUGGAUAAACCCAGCAUUGAUUAACGCCUCGACAGAAUUGAUAAAUGUGUACCAGGUAAAACAAAAGUCCAACCCUGAUGUAGAACAGCAACAAGAAGAUGAUGGUACUACUGCUUCGACUUCAUCGUCGUCAUCAUCAUUGGAGAAAUUGGCUACCACUAUUAAUAAUUCCUUCAAACUUUCCUUGAACGACAAGAAUCUUGAUUUGAAGUUAAGUAAAAGAACAGACAUCUACUUUUUCCUUGGGAAUCUUAUAAAGAUAUAUUUCAAGCUAGGGAAACUCGAAUUAGCAAAGUCUGUAGAGAAGGCUCUAAAGGGAACUAGAUUUGAUCUACCUCCCUUGGACAACCCAAUCCCGUCCAAGAAGAAGCACUCAGUGACGUAUUUAUACUACAGUGCGAUGCUUUCUCUAGAUGACUCCAACUUUGUAGAUACGGAAUCUAAACUUGUGACCGCAAUGAAUUUAUUGUCGUACUACAGGGAGCCUAAAUUCAUAACCAAACAUAUGGAGAUGAUCUUAAUGAUUCUUAUCCCUUUGAGAUUAUACAACAAUAGCCUUCUUCCUACACAACUGACAUGGGAAAAGUUCCCCAACUUGAAGUUCGUUUAUAAAGAUUGCCUUUUCAAGGCUAUUAUCAAGGGAGAUUUGAAAUCCUUUGAAAAAUGCCAAUCAAGGUUCCAGGUGUUGUUCUUAAAGCGUCACUUAUACUUGUUGGUAGAGAAUUUAAAGAACUUGUGCUAUUUGCAACUAGUGAAGAAAGUGGCUAGAAUAUUUUCACAAUUGAGCGAUGACAAAGCAUCUACUCACAUUGUGCCGUUAUCAGCAUUUCAAGUUGGAUUAGAAGUGUCAACAAACUGGAAGAGAGAUCAAAAUAAUAGUUACGUAGCGAUAGAUCCAUCCCAACCGUAUUCUCAGCAUUUAGAUGAGAUUGAGUGUAUACUAGCAAAUUUAAUAUUUGAAGGGAAGAUCAAAGGAUAUAUUUCACAUGGCAACAAGUGCAUUGUUUUAUCGAAGACCAAUGCAUUUCCAACUCAGGUGGUGAGAUUAUAG